AUGGCGGUGAAAAAAAAUCAGGAUAUAAAAAGAAACUUCAAAAUUUUGUUCGAGCGAAGAAUUAUAUUAUCACAUGAAGGUGAAAUAUAUUUUGACCAAUCAAUAAACGCAUUUUAUGGAAUAUGUUUAAUCAUCUUAUCCAUCACAACAAUUAUUUUUUCAUCUUUGUUUUUUUUUUUAAAUAUGCAUCCUUACGCAUCCUAUUAUUACAUCGUAACUGUUGGCUCAAUUCCUGUUUAUAUUUUAUAUAAAUACUUUACGUGGAUAUCCUUAGAACUUUUUAAAUAUUCUUAA